AUGAGAGGGGGAGUAGCUGUGGGAAGGCAGCCUGGCCCUCCAGCGCAUGGGAAAGGCCGGGGGCUGUGGAGUCAGCGCUGUGUUAAUUUGGCGCCAUAUACCACACACCACACCCCACGCCACCAUACCACAUCACCACACAACGCAUCACUACCACAGCACACACCACACCCCACGCCACCAUACCACAUCACCACACAACGCAUCACUACCACAGCACACACCACACCCCACGCCACCAUACCACAUCACCACACAACGCAUCACUACCACAGCACACACCACACCCCACGCCACCAUACCACAUCACCACACAACGCAUCACUACCACAGCACACACCACACCCCACGCCACCAUACCACAUCACCACACAACGCAUCACUACCACAGCACACACCACACCCCACGCCACCAUACCACAUCACCACACAACGCAUCACUACCACAGCACACACCACACCCCACGCCACCAUACCACAUCACCACACAACGCAUCACUACCACAGCACACACCACACCCCACGCCACCAUACCACAUCACCACACAACGCAUCACUACCACAGCACACACCACACCCCACGCCACCAUACCACAUCACCACACAACGCAUCACUACCACAGCACACACCACACCCCACGCCACCAUACCACAUCACCACACAACGCAUCACUACCACAACACACACCACAUCCCACGCCACCAUACCACAUCACCACACAACACAUCACUACCACAGCACACACCACAUCACCGCACCACACAUCACUACCACAGCACACACCACACCCCACGCCACCAUACCACAUCACCACACAACGCAUCACUACCACAGCACACACCACACCCCACGCCACCAUACCACAUCACCACACAACGCAUCACUACCACAGCACACACCACACCCCACGCCACCAUACCACAUCACCACACAACGCAUCACUACCACAGCACACACCACACCCCACGCCACCAUACCACAUCACCACAUAA